ACAGAGCAUCAAUGAGCUUUAGUUGGAUCGCAACAUGCCAAGCGAAUGGGUAUUUCUGAUCAUCUGUCUGAUCCCAAUGGCCUCCGGGGGCACUACGGCACCAUCGCUGAGUGCCAGUCCCAUAGUCUUCGCCCGGAAUCUGUUCCGGGCCCUGAACGAUGAAGUUCCGCCCGUGAAUAUGAUGGUAUCUCCGGCUGGUGCCCGCAGUGCCAUGACCUUGGUGUUUAUGGGGGCCGGCGGGAAGAGUGCAGAUGAACUGCGCUCCAAAUUGAUAUUGGGUGUAUCAAAUAAAUCGGAAGUGGCCAAACAACAUGCGGAAUCCUGGACCGAUGAGUGCUCCUGUGCAAAAAAAGGAGUUGCGCUGCGAUUGGUCACACGAUUGUACGUCAAUGAAGAGGAGAAAAUCCGGACUGACUUUAAUGACAUGGCCUUGGAGUUCUUCAAUGCUGAGGCUUAUUCUCUUAACUACUUGAACCCGGAAGAUUCUGUCAAAAAAGUUAACAAGUGGCUAGAAAAACACACGUUUUACACUGUACGAAAUCUGUUUACGCCCGAGGUUUUCAAUUCCGAUUCCAGUGUAAUCCUUGUAAACUCACUGUUCUUCCGAGCCAAAUGGAACAAGAUAUUCCCCCAGCAACUUACCCAGAUCGAUGACUUCUGGAUAAAUCCUCGGCAGCGAAUGGAAGUUUCAAUGAUGAGGCAAAUUGGUCAGUUCCGCUAUGGGGAGUCCAAGAAACUAAAGUCACAGAUCCUGCAAUUGCCGUUUGAAAGAUCCAAUUUGACCAUGAUGAUUAUCUUACCAACUGCUAUUGAUGGCUUGCCCGAAUUGGAGGAAAAACUUGGUCAACUGGACAUGAACGAGGUAGCCGCCAAAAGUCUAAUGAAGGAAGUGGAUGUAACCAUUCCAAAAUUCAGGAUCGAGUGCACUGUUGAUCUUAAGGUUCCACUACAAAAGAUGGGUAUUAAUAGUGUUUUUGAUGCUGGACAAGCGGAUUUGAGCGAUCUUUUCGAAAUGAAAACACCACAAAAGAUUUCGGAGGCUAGACACAAAGUGUUUUUAAAUGUUACUGAAUUUGGGUGCGAAGUAGCACCAGAAGCAGAGGUCCAACCCGAAGUCCUUAAGAAGAAUCCCGAUCGCAAGUUCUUCAAGGCCGACCGCCCCUUUGUUUUUGCCAUACGCGACAGGAAAAACGUUUACUUCGUUGGCCAUUUCGUUAAGCCCUAAUUGCAUGUAUUUUAAUGAUGAUGGCCCACAGGCAAUCACGCCAAAAUGGGCAGUAUCCCAAUGAACUUGAAAUUAUUGCCAAACAAAUGUACACAAAGAAUUCGAAAUACAACAGUAGAGAACGCUAUAGUCGAUUUCCUCGACUAUCAGAUACCCGUUACUCAGCUAAUGGGAGUGCUUAGAAGAUAUUUAAAAAUUUUGAAAUUGAAAUAGGUAAGAUUUUGGUCAUGGACACCCCGGAAGACCUCGAGCUUCCAGAGAACUUAAAGUUCUUUGACCUCUCGUAAGGUAAUUGAAGAAAGGAGAAUUGGAAUUGCAAAUAUAGGUUUUGAGAUCAAGGCGUUCAUACGGACAGACAUCCUUCUGAUAAACGCACAUAGCCAGAUAGACUCGGCUAGUGAGUGAUCUUGAUUAAGACACAUUUCCAUUAUAGGGUUGGAAAUGUAUCCUUGUACCUGUUACAUACCAUUCGACGAAUCUAGUAUACCCUUUUACUCUACAAGUAGGGGGUAUAAAAGCAGCAGGCACAGGCUAACAUUUGUGUGGUGGGUAGAUUUUGGGGUGCAAAAUAAAUGGCAACAUGGACGUUGCGGACAGAUCAUUGCGAAAAUUCGCAGAUGGAAGUGGGUGGGGAAUGGAGAAUGGUGGAUCAGAAGGAAUACGGAAAAUGGGGGAAAGGCAACAAAGAAACGGCGGCUGCCCAAAACCAAAUGAAAAGUAGCUUGGAAAAUGUGAGCAGCUGAACAAGGUUUUUAAAUACUCUUUCACAUGUUGAUAUCCAAUAGAAAAAUGUAACAAUGCUAUGCUUUUAGCAUAGCAUGCCAUAGCAUUGUUGCAAUUAUAAAACCCAUUAUUACUCACCUUCACUUUUAGUUAAGUAAAGCGCAAUAUAAGAGAAAACAAAAAGGUGACACGCAUAGAAGAAUAUCUCUUAAGUGCAAUCCGAGCUUAAAGCGGCCCAGCAGGACUAAAAAGGACACCAGAAAUAUGUUUACCCCCCGUGAGAGUAGAGAAAAGUGGCAGUAAACGAGCAUCGCCGGGAUUCUUUUGCCGGCCAGGGAAGCCAACUUGUUAGCCAAUUUUAAAUACAACUGCUGCCACUGACAGUAAUCAAGAUUGCACGGCAAUGCCGUCGCGGCUACAACAAUGCCAAAUGCCAUUCCGGCCAGCAGAGGGCCAACAAUUGAAAAAUAAGUAAUUUCUCAACUGUAGUGAACUUCGCCGAAGAAUCGGUGGAGCAUCAGGAGGAGGAGGAGUAAAAGGAGGAGCAGUUGUGGGUGGAGCAGCAGCUGAAACAAGCAGCCAAAGUUCGAGCUGGAGCAUCGGAAUAGGAACAGGAAUCGGAAUCGGAAUCGGAAUCGCAGGAGAUGGAGUCGCUCGUCCGGUUGGGAAACGAAAACUUUGCCCGUCCAAUUCAUCGAUGAUUGUCGUGCAACGCGAUGCGAUUCUGGUUGUGAAUCUGUUUCUGAUUCUGAUGCUGAUUCUGAGUACGGCACCGUCGUCUGCCAUUGAUGACCAUUGGCGGGAGCAACAACAGCAACAGCCGGCGUGGCACAAAUGUUUAUCUUUCCCCCAAUUUUUGCCCCAAUGGAAGCGAAGUUGGAUCUGGAGCUGGAGCUCUUCCGUCAGCGCAGCGGAAGUGCAGCUGCACAAACUUUGGAAAGAUCAUGAGGGAAGUGCUGUUGGUAUCGAACUGUUUCUGGCCAUGUCAUCUCCGUCAAAUGCUAAUGCGAAAUGUCACCAUAAUCAAAUUACCGAAACUGGGCACAACGAAAUUAAUUCGAUUGCAGGCCAGGGCCAUGAAUAAUUACAAAUAAAUGUGGAAUUUCAUAUCGCCAAUACUUGGUCAGGACACGAACAUACACAAACACACACACACACACAAAUAG